CUCGAUUAUUGCGUUAACGUUUUUAUGCAGUAGUAGUGGUGUGGAAGAUUUUCCACAAAAACUCGCCAGGUUACCGGUUCUACAAAAAUAGUUGUGCGUAUUAACUAUACAUUACUAGCUGAUCAAUCAGUUGUGAUAGAUAACAGAGCUGGUGAAAUCAUGAUUGAAGAGAAAAGCUUAAUUUCAAAAUGGUACAAAGGGAAAACUGUCUUCAUAACCGGAGGCAGCGGAUUUAUGGGUAAAGUUAUGGUAGAGAAACUGCUCUACGCAUGUCCAGAUAUCAAAUGUAUAUACAUGCUAAUGCGAAGUAAAAGAGGAAAGUUUCCAAAUCAACGUAUAGAUGAAAUGUGGAAAUUACCUAUGUUCGAACGACUUAGAAAAGCUCAACCCAACGCCUAUAAAAAGAUGGUACCAGUCAUUGGCGAUCUUUACACUGAAAAUUUAGGACUGACUAACAAGGAUAUCGAAACGUUAAUCAGUGAAGUUAAUUUAGUAUUUCAUAUGGGAGCCACUUUAAGGUUAGAGGCUAAGUUGUGCGAUGCUAUAGAACAGAACACUGCAGGUACGGCAAGAGUUAUAGACAUUGCUAAGAAGAUGAAGAAUAUACAAGCUUUUUUGCACUUUAGCACAGCAUUCUGCUCUGCGGAUCUUGAUGUAUUUGAAGAAAAGGUUUACCCGAGUACAGAUAAUCCAAGGGAUGUUAUGGAUGUGACAAAAUGGUUGAACCCAAAUGCACUAGAACUUGCAACUCCCUCGAUAAUAGAGCCGCAUCCAAAUACUUACACUUACAGUAAACGACUGGCGGAAUCUUUGGUAGCAAAUGAAAAGGAUAACCUUCCAGUUUGCAUAAUUCGACCAUCAAUAGUAAUUCCGUCUGUUAACGAACCUGUACCGGGCUGGGUAGACAAUUUGAACGGUCCGAUAGGUCUACUGGUUGGAGCAGGAAAAGGAGUUAUCCGAUCUAUGCAUUGUAAAGGUGAAAAUAAAGGACAGUUUGUACCAGUAGAUUAUGCUAUUAAUUCAAGUAUCUGCAUAAGUUAUCUUGUAGGAACUAAAACAACAGGAUUAGAAGAUGUGCCUGUAUACAACUUAACAUCUUCAUCCGUUUUAACGCUGACCUACAAAGAAAUUAUUGAUCAAGGCAGAGAUUUAUUAUACGAGUACCCAUUUGAAAUGAUGGUUUGGUACCCCGAUGGAGAUAUAAGAUCCUCCAAACUCGUCCAUAAUAUAUACAGUUUAUUCUACCAUUGGUUACCGGCAUUACUGAUUGACUUUAUAAUGAUUUUAAUUAGACAGAAGCCAUUUAUGAUAAGAAUACAAAAGAAAAUUUAUGACGGCCUGGAACUGCUGCAAUUCUUUUCUGUUCGAGAUUGGGUGUUUGAAAGUAAAAACUUCCUUGGGAUUAUGGAUAAAAUAAACGAUGUGGAUAAGGAAAAAUUCCCAAUGAUAAACAUACCUCCUAUUAAACAAUACAUGAUAAAUGCUUUGGUUGGUACGCGGCAAUAUUGUUUGAAGGAAGAUUUGUCCUCAUUGCCAAGUUGCAGAAGAAAAUUGAAAGUGUUAUACGUUAUUCACAAGAUAGCCGUUUAUGGAUUUUAUUACUAUUGCUUCUACCUGUUAAGUUUGCUUAUUCCUCAAGUUAAAAUUCUAUUUGACGGGCUGAACACACUACUCAGCUUUAUUCCAUUAGUUGGUCGAUUUUUUUCUGUCAAAUAACAGUAAAUUAAGCAUGACCGUCGUGUCGUAAUGUCUUUUUUAUAUAAAUAUAAUAAAUAUAAUAAAUAGU